AGGUAAAGCUCAGAGCUGAGGAUGGAAUCUCAUGCCCCCACCCAGGUCCUUCCCUUCUUCCCUCCCUCCCUGGCGCCCAUUAGCUAGCCCAGGCCGUGGGGGCGGUGGCUGUGGAGACUCCUCUCUGUGCCAGGCCCAGCCCCCGGAGACGCACCUGUUCUGACCUGCUGAGCAGGUUCCCAGGUUUCUGCCUUCGUUGUUGGCCACGGCGUGGGAAGCAGCUCUGGGGGAGCUCAGCGCUCCCGAUCACGGCUUCUUGGGGGUAGCCACUGCUGGGUGGGUACAGCAGGGCCAGGUCCCCUAGUGGAGGCCCAAGCAAGAUAGCAGGUAUCAGUGCCCAGGGCUCCAAGGCUUUUUGCCUUCUGGGUCAGUGCCUGAUCCAGCUCUAGAGGCGGCUCCCAGGGAGAACUGGUGGAACUUCAGAACCACUGGCAGGUCUGCCUUUCAACCAAUGCCCCUGUCCCUGGGAGCCGAGAUGUGGGGGCCUGAAGCUUGGCUGCUGCUGCUGUUCCUGACAUCCUUUACAGGCCAGUCUCUCGCAGGUGAAUUGGAGACCUCCGACUUGGUGACCGUCGUGCUAGGCCAGGAUGCAAAGUUGCCUUGCUUCUACCGUGGAGACCCGGAGGAGCGAGUCGGGCAGGUGGCAUGGGCUCGGGUGGACGCGAACGAGGGCACUCGAGAGCUGGCACUACUGAACUCUGAAUAUGGACUUCACGUAAGCUCAGCCUACAAGGGCCGCGUGGAGCAGCCCCCGCCCCCACGGGACCCUCUGGACGGUUCCGUGCUCCUGCGCAACGCCGUGCAGGCGGACGAGGGCGAGUACCAGUGCCGAGUCAGCACCUUCCCUUCUGGCAGCUUCCAAGCGCAGCUGCGGCUCCGAGUGCUGGUGCCUCCCUUGCCCUCACUGAAUCCUGGUCCACCACUGGAAGAGGGCCAGGGUCUGACAUUGGCAGCCUCCUGUACUGCUGAGGGUAGCCCUGCCCCCAAUGUGACCUGGGACACGGAGGUCAAAGGCACAACAUCCAGCCGCUCCUUCAAGCACUCCCGCUCAGCUGCCGUCACAUCAGAGUUCCACCUGGUGCCUAGUCGCAGCAUGAACGGACAGCCACUUACCUGUGUGGUGUCCCACCCUGGCCUGCUCCAGAACCGAAGGAUCACUCAUACCCUUCAAGUGGCCUUUCUAACUGAGGCCUCUGUGAGGGGCCUUGAGGACCAAAAACUGUGGCAUGUUGGCAGAGAAGGAGCUAUGCUCAAGUGCUUGAGUGAAGGGCAGCCACCUCCUUCAUACAACUGGACACGGCUGGAUGGGCCUCUACCCAGUGGGGUACGAGUAGAAGGGGAUACUCUGGGCUUUCCCCCAUUGACUACUGAGCACAGUGGCAUCUACGUUUGCCAUGUCAACAAUGAGUUCUCCUCGAGGGAUUCUCGGGUCACUGUAGAUGUUCUAGACCCUCAGGACCCUGGGAAGCAGGUGGACCUAGUGUCGGCCUCGGUGGUAGUGGUGGGUGUGAUCGCCGCACUCUUGUUCUGCCUUCUGGUCGUGGUAGUGGUGCUCAUGUCCCGAUACCAUCGGCGCAAGGCCCAGCAGAUGACCCAGAAAUAUGAGGAAGAGCUGACCUUGACCCGGGAGAACUCCAUCCGGAGGCUGCAUUCCCAUCACUCAGAUCCUAGGAGCCAGCCGGAGGAGAGUGUAGGGCUGAGAGCCGAGGGCCACCCUGAUAGUCUCAAGGACAACAGUAGCUGCUCUGUGAUGAGUGAAGAGCCUGAAGGUCGCAGCUAUUCCACACUGACCACUGUGAGGGAGAUUGAAACACAGACUGAACUGCUGUCUCCAAGUUCUGGGCGAGGAGAGGAGGAGGAAGAUCGGGAUGAAGGCAUCAAACAGGCCAUGAACCAUUUUGUUCAGGAGAAUGGGACUCUUCGAGCCAAGCCCACAGGCAAUGGCAUCUACAUCAAUGGGCGGGGGCACCUAGUCUGACCCAGGCCUGCCUCCCUCCCUCGGCCUGGCUCCUGCUGCUGACAUGGGAUUU